AUGGCUGGAACGCUGGUGCGCAAAGCGGCGGAUUAUGUGCAGAGCAAGGACUUCCGGGACUAUCUCAUGAGUACGCACUUUUGGGGCCCAGUUGCCAAUUGGGGUCUCCCCAUUGCUGCUAUCAAUGACAUGAAGAAGUCUCCGGAGAUCAUCAGUGGGCGCAUGACCUUCGCCCUCUGCUGCUAUUCUUUGACAUUCAUGAGAUUUGCCUACAAGUUGCAGCCUCGAAACUGGCUUCUGUUUGCGUGCCAUGUAACAAACGAGGUGGCCCAGCUGAUUCAGGGAGCACGGCUCAUCAACUACGAGAUGAGUAAGAAGGCAACUGCGUAGCAGUGCGAGGAUCGGCUCUGGAAAGGGACAGAGCCCCAGCACUGCUGCCACGAUGGCCACAGGUCGCAUCGGCAUCGAUGGUCUUGCUGAGAAGAACACGGAAUACCGUCUUUAAUUACCAUGCCAACAUUAUAGAAAAGGGAGAGUCCCCAAACCAACUCUCUCCUGCCUUAUCAAUGCUGAAAUUUGUCUUCAUCAAGAGUAGUUCAAAAUAUGCAACUAAUUUCAUAAUUUUGAAUGAUGGUUUUAUCUGUAGUAAUGUGUAUAUUAUCUAUUGGGAUUUGUGUAAUAAAAAUCUAAGGAACAAAGUUUUAUAACUAUAA